AGCUCUGCUGUUGUUGUCAAUCCAGCAGGAACUUCCUCGUCGGGCUCCGUACACUGACAAAUCUCACUCCGUUGCUUUGGAUAAAGCAAAAAGCGACAACAUAACACAGUAAAAUAGCCAUUAUAGAGCCACACAGUUUGAAUGUUAAACUGUAUCCGCAUUUGUGUAGAUGGUUAGCUUCCUGGCUCAUUAGAAAUGAAUAGGGCAUUGUUUGCUGCUGGACGCCUGGCUUCACUGAGACGCUGUUAUUCCGCCUGUCAGGUGAUCACCAACCCGGACGAGAUAGCCAAACUCUACAGAGAACUGAGCCUCUUCCCCUCUCUGAGCAGAGCAGACGUGGGACCAGUCAUCACCUCUCAGUAUGGGGGGAAAUACAGUAACAUCUACACAGAAUGGAGCCAGCGUGAUCUGGAGAGGAAUGAAAAUGUCAAAUUUUGCCGACAGUACAUUGUAUUCCAUGAUGACAAGUCGGUGGUCUACUCUGGAGCCUCGGGAAACUGCACUGAGAUCAGAGCAGAGGUAUUGAGUAAGGAUUCUCCAUCUGGUGAAAUGAAGGCAGUUGUCAGAGGAUGCACAGUCAAAGGAGAGGAAAAGCAGUUUCUGGAGAUCUGGAGUAAAAACAUCAAGAUGAAGAGCAUCAAUCUAACAGCCUUAAAGAAGCAUGGCAAAGUCUAUGAAGAUGAGCAGUUUGGCUGUUUGGUCUGGUCGCACUCUGAGACCCAUCUCUUGUAUGUGGCAGAGAGAAAGAGACCCAAGGCAGAAUCCUUUUUCCAGACAGAGUCACCAGAGUUGUCUGCUAUUGGAGAUGAGGAGGAGACCAUGAGGUUGGACAAAAAAGAGACAGUAAAAGGGGAGCAGUUCGUAUACUACGAGGACUGGGGAGAAGCUUUAGUUAGCAAGAGUUCCCCGGUGCUUUGUGUUUUGGACAUUGAGGGUGACAAUGUCUCUGUGUUGGAAGGAGUGCCUGACGACAUAUCACCUGGACAGGCAUUUUGGGCUCCAGGUGACACAGGGGUGGUUUUUGUGGGCUGGUGGCAUGAGCCUUUCAGACUUGGCCUCAAGUACUGCCCCAACAGGAGGUCAUCUUUGUUCUAUGUGGAUCUUACUGGUGGGAAAUGUGAGCAGCUUUCAUCAGGCACCAGUGCAGUGUGCUCCCCAAGACUGAGCCCGGACCGGUGCCGUAUCGUCUACCUAGAAUGUUCUGUGUACGGGCCACACAUGCAGUGCAGCAGGCUCUGCAUGUACGACUGGUACACUAAGAAGACCUCGGUUGUGGUGGAUGUGGUGAAGCGAUCUAGAGAAGAUGGCUUUACUGGCAUCUACGCUAGUCAGUUAUCACCACAGUGCUGGUCAGCUGACAGUCAGCGUAUUGUCAUUGCUUCUCCUCAGCGCAGCCGCAAGGAUCUGUUAAUGGUGGAUAUAAAUACAGGGAGCAUCACCUCUCUGACUGCAAAGUCUGAUAUGGGCAACUGGUGUCUACUGAAUGUGGAGAGGGAUCUGAUGGUGGUCAGCUGCUCCUCUCCUAACUGUCCCCCGAGUCUGAGAGUGGGCUUCCUUCCAAGCAGGGAUUCUCAGGAGGAGGUGGCCUGGGUUACUUUGGAAGACUCUCAGAUGUUGCCAGAUGUUGACUGGAAGAUCAUGACUUUCACUCCACCGCAGGAGCAAGACAACAGUCAAUACCCCGGCCUAGAUUUUGAAGCAUUGCUGAUCAAACCAAAGGAAGUUAAAGAUGAAGUGAAGCUGCCUCUCAUCGUCAUCCCUCAUGGUGGUCCACACUCAGUGAUUGUAGCUGAUUGGCUUCUGAGCUCCUCUGUGCUUUGCCGAAUGGGUUUUGCAAUAUUACUGGUGAACUAUCGAGGCUCUCUUGGGUACGGCCAGGACAGUGUCUACUCCUUACCGGGCAAUGUGGGCACCCAGGAUGUCAAAGAUGUUCAAUUUGCUGUUGAAAGUGUCCUGAAAAGUGGCGAGUUUGAUGCACAGAAAGUGGCAGUAUGUGGGGGCUCCCAUGGGGGUUUUCUUGCCUGUCAUCUGAUUGGCCAAUACCCGGGUUUCUACAAGGCGUGCGUGACCCGCAACCCUGUCAUCAAUAUGGCCUCUAUGAUUGGCAGCACAGACAUCCCAGACUGGUGUAUGGUUGAGUCUGGCUACGACUACAGUCCAGACUGUCUGCCCGACCCUGCUGUCUGGGAGCAGAUGUUGAACAAGUCUCCCAUUAAAUAUGUCACACAGGUACAGACACCAGUGCUGCUUACUUUAGGUGAAGAUGACAAGCGUGUUCCCAGCAAGCAAGGAAUCGAAUACUACAGAGCUCUGAAGGCAAAGAAGAUUCCCGCUCGGUUGCUGUGGUACCCAGGGAACAACCACUCUCUCUCUAAUGUGGAUGCAGAGUCGGAUGGCUUCAUGAACAUUGCUCUGUGGAUAAUUCAACACCUAAAUCAGUGAUUGUACAUUUCACUUCUGUGCAAUAGGGCUGAAUCUCUACUGUGUGUAAGCGAUGUUAUGUGCCCAUUAUGAGAUCCAGACUAAAGCCAAAGAAUAUUAAGUGCUCUCCAACCAGAACACACGUCUUUCGACUGUAAUUCACUCAUAAUCUGUCUGUGGGUUUCAACUGUCAUGGAUAAGUUCAGUGAGUGAAUGGGGAAGUGACCGUUUUAACAUGGCACUGGUAUAAAAGCAGUUUUGAUUCAAUGGAAAUAUCUUAUUGGAAUUAUUUUGAAUGAUCUUAUAAUCAAGGGCUUUAUAUGUUUGCUUUUCUGGGGGUUAUGUUAACAAAUGAAACCUAAUUUUGUAAUCAUAUUUUCUGUAGUAAUAUUUUUCUUUCUUUUUUGUGAAAUUAGUGUUCUUUUGAUGUUAUGAUACAGUCCACUUUAAUAAAGCAAUUUUGAAAACUUC